CGAGCAUUGCGACGCUGGUAGAUCCGGCCGUGAGCAUGUUCCGCAUCAUGUUCGAGGUUUUCCGAACCGUGUUUCUGGUCUUCCUCUCGCGACUCCCAGGGUUUGGUCGUCCUGUUAAGAAGAUUAGCGUUGCCAACACCAGUGUUCUAUUUCACAAUGGAAGAGCGUUGGCGACGUGCGAAAGCGGCCCCCCUCUCAGAUUCGCGUUGCCGAGUUUGGAGACUAUUGGUUGGUUCAACGGAAGAACUGCAGAAAACGAACCACUGCAAAGCGCUGAGAGUGGCUUUGGGGGUACAGGCAUCGUAUCCUUCAUGAGAGAGUGGACCACGGCCCAUCCGCGAGUUGACCCGGUGACGAAGGAACUCAUUACGUUCCACGCGACAUUCGUCCAGCCAUUUGUGCGUUACUCCGUGGUGCCACCGACGACAAAGUCCGGGACUGGCCGCUCUCCGGUGUUCGACCUACCGGUUCCGGGAGUCGAGUCGCCGAAGAUGAUGCACGACUUCGGGGUAUCAAGGCACCACACCAUCAUCAUGGACCUACCGCUGUCGCUGGACACCAUGAACCUGAUUCGCGGAGUUCCAAGCUUGUCGUACGAUUCGGCCGGGAAGUCACGCUUCGGAGUCUUUCCACGACACCAACCGAACGCCGUUCAAUGGUUCGAGACCAACCCUUGUACUAUCUUCCACACCGCCAACUGCUGGGACUCGGUUUCACCGCAGGCAGACAUCAAUGGUCCUCGUGUGUCGGUCAAUCUCGUGGCCUGCCGACUCACUUCCGCGUCCAUGGUGUUCAGCGCCGGCAAUCUUCCUACGCCAGAGGUGAAGCCAGUGCCUCCCGAGUACGCCGAGGAGGAGCAGUGCCGGUUGUACUACUACAGCUUCCCACUGUCGGAUAUCGCCGGGAUCCAAUAUAACAUCAGACACCAGUGGGCUUUGUCGGCCAUCUCCUUGGAGUUCCCGUCUGUCGCACCGGCGUACUCGAUGCAGGAAGCUCGAUACGUUUACGGAUGCUCGACUGGCGAGGCAUCUUAUACAGUCGCCCUUGGCAAAGCUGCAAAGAUCGACCACUUGGCCAAGUUCGACGUUCGAACGCUGAUAGCACGAGGCAUCGCACAACCACCGCAGCCUGUCAAAGGCUGCGUCGACACACGGAGCAUAUCCCAGGUUAUGGAGAGCCGGGACCCUCAGGAUCCCAUCAAGCUCUUCCGAAUGCCUGUCGGGUGGUAUGUGCAAGAGCCACGAUUUGUGCCUCGCCGUGAACCAGACUCCGAGGACGACGGAUGGUUAUUAACAUAUGUGUUCAACGAAGCUCAGCUUGACGACCAAGGCGAAUGUGUGCCCAACGCUGCGAGUGAGUUGUGGAUAAUCGACGCGAAAGAAAUGAAGAAGAUCGUGGCCCGAAUCAGAUUGCCGCAGCGCGUACCGUAUGGAUUGCAUGGUACCUGGUUUAGCGAACAGGAGAUUGACGAGCAAAAGCCAUUCGAGAGAGUAAGGACUCUGGCUUCAUAAUAAUUUUUAGCAUAGGAAAACUUCUUUUGAGGGCGGUUGAAGGGAUACUGGGCCUGUCUAAUUAGCGGGUGGAAAUUUUCUUCAUGAUACCAUGUGAUUUCUGGCAAACAGAGAAGGAUUGGUGUGCAUUUGUAGAUAAUACGGCACCUGGCCCAACUCAAUGACAAGUAAUCUGAUUGACGAGUAAUCCGAAUGUGUGUAAGAGGUGGGACUUGACGAGGCCGGAAAUCGGAAUCGUCGUUCGGCGGUUCGUCGCCUUCGUAUACGUGUCGCGAACCGGGGUGAGAGAACGAAUCGUCGUCUCUU